AAUAGCUACCUAGCCCAAGGGCAUAUCGCCGGGAGAGAAAAUGUGGCCAGAAGCUAAGACUCUGCCCAUGAUAUUGUUUGGUCGCCGAGCUACAUGUGCAUCUAAUCAUGUCAUGUCUAUUGUGGAACUCUUGGUGCAUAUGGAUUGCGAAGGAUGCGAAAAGAGAGUUCGAAAAGCAAUCUCGAAAAUACAUGGCAUGAGUUCAUCGAUCCCAGGUGUUGAUAGCUUGGAAAUAGACAUGGACAAGCAAAAGGUGACGGUAACGGGAUACAUUGACCAGAGGAAGGUGCUAAAGAUGGUGAGGAGAACAGGAAGGAAGGCUGAGUUUUGGCCAUUCCCAUACGACACAGAAUACUAUCCAUACGCAUCCCAUUACUUAGACGAAUCUACUUACUCCUCUUCCUAUAACUACUACCGCCAUGGCUUUAACGAAAGCGUGCACGGUUACUUUCCAGACCAAGCCUACUCUACUGUCUCAGAUCAAACCGUCCAUCUUUUCAGUGAUGAUAAUGUUCAUGCCUAUUGCAGUAUUAUGUGAUUAUACUUGCAUUAAUCA